CGCCCAGUGGGUGAGAAUGGCCGCUCCUCUGCUCCUCUCUGGGGCCCGGGCUGCCUCCUAGUCCUGAGCAGCUGGGGGACCCCUAGUCAGGCAGGGAAGAAUUUUCUGGAAGGCCAGAAAAUUGGCUUUGAGACUUGCCUGAGGUCCUGGCCUUUGGCUGGCAGCCAGUCACCUGAGUGUCGGAAGUGGAGAAGGUGCUGCUUUGCAGGAGGAGAAACUGAGCAGGUCGGCGGAGCCAUGCGGGGGCCCCUGGCGCUGCUGCCGCUGCUGCCGCUGCUGCUCGGCUGCGGGCCCCGCGCGGCCACCGGAGGCGGGGCUGGCGGCGCCGCGGGCUACGCGCCGGUGAAGUACGUGCAGCCCAUGCACAAGGGACCCGCGGGGCCGCCCUUCCGCGAGGGCAAGGGCCAGUACCUGGAAAUGCCUCUACCGCUGCUGCCGAUGGACCUGAAAGGCGAGCCAGGUCCGCCCGGGAAGCCGGGGCCUCGGGGCCCCCCUGGCCCUCCUGGCUUCCCAGGAAAACCGGGCACGGGAAAGCCGGGGCUGCAUGGGCAGCCUGGCCCCGCUGGCCCCCCUGGCUUCUCCCGGAUGGGCAAGGCUGGUCCCCCAGGGCUCCCAGGCAAGGCUGGACCCCCAGGACAGCCAGGGCUUCGGGGGGAGCCGGGGAUUCGGGGGGACCAGGGCCUUCGGGGGCCCCCAGGACCUCCUGGCCUCCCUGGGCCCUCAGGCAUCGCCGUCCCUGGGAAGCCAGGCCCCCAAGGGGUGCCGGGGCCCCCAGGGUUCGGGGGGGAGCCAGGGCCCCAGGGGGAGCCUGGGCCCCCAGGUGAUCGAGGCCUCAAGGGGGAUAAUGGAGUGGGGCAGCCAGGGCUACCGGGGGCCCCAGGGCAGGGAGGCGCCCCUGGACCCCCUGGCCUUCCUGGUCCAGCUGGCUUGGGCAAACCAGGUUUGGAUGGGCUUCCUGGGGCCCCUGGAGAUAAGGGGGAGUCAGGGCCUCCCGGGGUGCCAGGACCCAGGGGGGAGCCAGGGGCUCUGGGCCCAAAAGGGCCCCCUGGAGUGGAUGGUGUGGGGGUCCCUGGGGCAGCGGGGGUGCCAGGGCCACAGGGCCCAGCAGGGGCCAAAGGGGAACCAGGAGCCCGGGGCCUCCCCGGCCUGAUAGGCCCCACGGGCUAUGGGGUACCAGGACUGCCAGGCCCCAAGGGGGACAGGGGCCCAGCUGGGGUCCCAGGACUCUUGGGGGACAGGGGGGAGCCAGGGGAGGAUGGGGAGCCAGGAGAGCAGGGCCCACAGGGCCUUGGGGGACCCCCGGGACUUCCAGGGUCUGCAGGACUCCCUGGCAGACGUGGACCCCCAGGGCCCAAGGGGGAAGUAGGGCCUGGAGGACCCCCAGGAGUGGCUGGUAUUCGGGGUGACCAGGGACCUACUGGCCUGGCUGGGAAACCCGGGCCCCCAGGAGAGAGGGGACUCCCUGGGGCCCACGGACCCCCAGGACCAACUGGGCCCAAAGGUGAGCCGGGUUUCACAGGCCGCCCUGGGGGACCGGGGGUGGCAGGAGCCCUGGGGCAGAAGGGAGACUUGGGGCUCCCCGGACAGCCCGGCCUGAGGGGCCCCUCAGGAAUCCCCGGGCUCCAGGGCCCAGCCGGUCCUAUCGGGCCCCAGGGACUGCCGGGCCUGAAGGGAGAACCUGGCUUACCCGGGGCCCCUGGAGAGGGGCGAGUGGGGGAACCGGGAGUGGCUGGGCCCGUGGGGCCCCCGGGGGUCCCCGGCUCCCCAGGCCUCACUGGCCCUCCUGGGCCUCCCGGGCCCCCAGGGCCUCCAGGCGCCCCAGGGGCCUUGGAUGAGACUGGGGUGGCCGGCCUGCACCUGCCCAACGGCGGCGUGGAGGGCGCCGUGCUGGGCAAGGGGGGCAAGCCGCAGUUCGGCCUGGGGGAGCUGUCGGCCCACGCCACGCCCGCCUUCACCGCCGUGCUCACGUCGCCCUUCCCCGCCUCCGGGAUGCCCGUCAAGUUCGACCGGACUCUGUACAACGGCCACAGCGGCUACAACCCGGCCACCGGCAUCUUCACCUGCCCCGUGGGCGGCGUCUACUACUUUGCCUACCACGUGCACGUCAAGGGCACCAACGUGUGGGUGGCCCUGUACAAGAACAACGUGCCGGCCACCUACACCUACGACGAGUACAAGAAGGGCUACCUGGACCAGGCGUCGGGCGGGGCGGUGCUGCAGCUGCGGCCCAACGACCAGGUGUGGGUGCAGAUGCCCUCGGACCAGGCCAACGGCCUCUACUCCACCGAGUACAUCCACUCCUCCUUUUCGGGCUUCUUGCUCUGCCCCACAUAACAGCGCGGGCGCCCUGCCGCCUCGGCCGCCGCCUCCUUAGCGGUAGAGACCUCAGUUACAGGAACCUCCAUUUAAGGGAAGACACCAAAGGCUGAGCGGACGCGGAGGCAGGGGUGGCCGUGGCCAUGGCCCGAGGAGGCUGACCUGGUCUCUCCCUCCACGCGGCCCGGUGGUUUCCGGGAGGGGCUGGCCUGCGCUCCUGUCCCCCCGCGUCUGUGCCGCGCGGGCAGGGCCCCAGGACGCUCAGCCCAGUGGCCAGAGCCCCCAGCCCUCGGGUGGUGGGUGGGGAACUGCUGCUUCUCGGCUCCGGGCCGAGGGGGACGGAACCCCCGGGGAGACACGGCCCACGCCUCGCCCUCCAUGCGCGCCCUCUGCCGGGGCUCUUCCGUGCCCCUGGCUCCGCCAAAAGGGGUUUUGCAUCGGGGUGGGGGGGGAGCAAUGGGUGGGAGCAUCGAGGCGGCCCGUGGGGACACUGCCAGGACUGCAGCCCUGAGUGAUGCGCUGGCAUCACGGCAGGUGCGGGCGGGGGCCGUGGGAGGGGCGCACCCCUCUUCUGCUCCUGCUGCGACCGCAGGCGAACAACAGAGCCCGCCCCUUGUCCCAUCACCUGCGGGGGGGACGGCCCCCGGCCCCCGCUGACCCCAGCUCCCCGAGCCCGGAGCCUCUGCCCCGGCCCUCGGCCCUCAGAACAAGGUGCACACGAGCCUGGGACGCGGGUUCCCCGAGGGGCAGCCUGCGGGCUGCUUCUCCUUCCCCCUGCUCUACGCGGGGUGGGGGCCCCCGAGGCUGAGGCCUGAGGACGGGCUCCAGGGGCCCCCCCUGCAAGGAGCCGAGUCCUGAGGUUUCUGCCGGUCUCUUAGGCCUCCCCAGGCCGGGCCUGGCCCACCGCGCCCGUGGGACCCGGGUCACCCGUGGGGCCCCGUCUGCUCGGCUGCCUGCGGGGGAGACGGGGUGGCGGUGGCUUCUGGUUCAGAGCUGCGCCCCGGCCGUGCCUCCCAACCCGUGUCCCCGACGUGGGCCGCCCGUGCAUGGGGACACCCGCACAGGCUCCGGCCAGGGCUCCUGGCGAAUCCUGAUCCCGGGACCCAGGGGAACCAAGGGGCGUCGAGCCAGCCUGGUGGGGCCCUCGCUCCGCCUCCCCCGGGCCAAGGCCCUGCCAUCCGGGAGGCCGGGGAGGGGCCGCGGUGGGGAACUUCGCUCCCGGGGAGCCCGGGCUGGGGCCGGCGCAGGACUUGGUUUCUGCCGAAGGCCGUUCCACAGCCUCGCAGGAGGGGUGGCCGGGGUCCCCGGAGCGUCGGGGGAUGUCAGUCCCAUGUGUCCACUUGACGAGCUUUGAUGAGCGACGCCAAGUUUGAAUUAUGAGAACUGCAGCAGCUCGGCAUGGCCCGGGCCUGGCCCUAGGGCGUUACGUUGUUAAGAUUAAGGUUUGAAUGUUUUCCUUAGUAAUUUCAUGUCUAACUUGGUAUAGGAAGCUUUGUGCUCUGUGUAACCUGUCACAUGCCCUGUGUCACAGAAGAUUCGGAAAAAUGCACUUGGGAAUCAAAAGAAAAAAAGGGGGGGGGUACUUCUUUUUGAAAAGAAAGACAGCAGUGUUGACUGACUGUAUGGACACAACCUCAAUAAAACUUGUCGUAUAAAACA